GGCUCGGGUUUCAGAGACGCGCACUGACUGACGGACUGACCUACGGCACAUAGUGGAAGCGCUCCGACGUGAAGCAGCGAAUGGGACAAACGGAGCAGAACGCACAGGAAUAAGCGCAACGUGCCCGAGAACUCAGGAGCAUCACUGACUGACUGAUGACACUGCACAGAAUGUCUUCUGUCUUAACUUUACUCUAAGUUACUCAUCCGAGUGCAACCAGGUAGUCUGCUGUGGGGACAGUUUGAAGAAGACGCGCAGAGAGGGAGACAGAGAGAGAGAGAGCCUCUCAUUAUCUCCAAAGUUGCAGGUCCUCUUCUGCUGCUCUUCACCAGAUGAGUAUAGGAGAUAGUGUUUGGAUAAAUCCAAAGUUAAAAGUCUGAAAUGGAACAGGAUCAGAAGUGGGGAGUCUCUGGACAGACGGGUGAGCAGUGGAGGAGUGGCAGCGAUCAGCAGGAGAAGAAAGCUUCGCGGCAGCCUCUCUGGAGGAAUUGGAGAGAUCUGUCCGGCGUUACGCUUUGCAUCGCCGUGUCCGUCCUGUGCCUUGGAGUUUGCGUUGUGGUUUUUGUGCGCGCCUCGGAGCUGCAGUCCAGGGUGUGGAGCCUGGAGCAGCGGGACGCGCAGUUCUCCGCGUGGAGGGUGUCUCUGGAGCAGGUGGAGCCCAUUAUCCUGGGCAGACUGGACCAGAUCCUGGAGGAGAAGCUUGCGGCGCGGCUACCAAAGACACGGGAGGUGAGAGAAGCUCCCCACAGCUGCCUUUGUCCCCCAGGACCUCCAGGUCCUCCUGGACGAGCAGGCUUUCCGGGUGACAAAGGAAGUAUGGGAAUACCAGGGAGAAUGGGCUUAAAAGGACACACAGGGGAGAAGGGAGCACCAGGCGAGCCAGGUCUAUCUAUCAUUGGACCAAGAGGACCUCCUGGACAACCCGGAACAAGAGGCUUUCCAGGCUUUCCGGUAAGUCGUCACUGGGAUGUUUGUUUGGGUCAGAACGGACAGAAGGGAGACAUGGGUCAGCGUGGUCCCAAAGGACAGCCAGGGGAGCUCGGACCCAAAGGAGAGAAGGGCACAUGUGGAGACUACACACACCGGAUGUUGCCCAUCACCGUGCGAAACAUGCCCUCAAUAAGCCCUCUAAUCUUAAAACGCCUCAAGCAGGGCGAGCCUGGAGCGCAGGGACCCCCAGGACCUCCAGGACCCCCUGGACCUCCAGGCUUGAUUGGAGCUAGUGGCACACCGGGUAAACCAGGUGAGCCAGGCAAACCAGGAAAGGACCCAAGGCUCUUACCAGGACUGAAGGGUGAGCCAGGUGUCCCAGGACAUAAGGGUGAUCGAGGCGAUGUGGGCCCAUCAGGUCCUGAAGGCCAUAAGGGAGUUAAAGGUGACCAGGGAAUUGAGGGAGAUGAAGGAAAGAGAGGUUUCCCAGGAGAGAGGGGCGAGAAGGGAGAACCAGGUUUCCCAGGCAGUCCUGGGUUAAAGGGUCAGGCUGGCAUCCCUGGUACCCCUGGCAUCCCUGGCAAGAGGGGCUACAGGGGUGAGAAGGGAGAGCCAAGCAUUGCAGCCCAAGGUAUUAAAGGAGAACCAGGUUUCCCGGGGCUGCCAGGCCUAAUGGGAACCAAGGGUGAAAAGGGUGAUACGGGAGUCGAGGGUAAAGCAGGUCCUGAAGGCCCAGCUGGACCAAGAGGUCCUCCAGGUCCAACUGGAGAGCCAGGAAAGGCUGAAAUUCAGAAUAAUGAAAAUGAUAUUCGCAACAUACCUUUGAUGGGUCCUCCUGGAUUACCUGGACCUCCAGGGUCCCCUGGCAUCCCAGGUGUCAAGGGUGAUGUUGGUCUUCCAGGUCCACCAGGACUGGACGGCGAGAAGGGACCCAGAGGGAAGCCUGGAGAGACUGGUCCUUCAGGCCCAGCUGGUCCUCUAGGUCUCAGAGGCGAGGAUGGUGUCAUGGGCUUCCCGGGACCCAAGGGAGACAUGGGUCCAUCUGGAUCACCUGGUUUAGAUGGCCCUACUGGUGAAAAGGGGGCUACAGGGGCCCCUGGCCCUAUUGGAUUACCUGGCGCAAUGGGUUCUAAAGGCGAACCUGGAGAAGGAGCCAGGUCGGAAAUGAUAUAUGGUCCUCCAGGGCCCCCAGGACCUCCAGGACCAGUUGGCCCAGCAGGAUCCCAAGGAUUUUCGGGGCCUAAGGGAGAGCCAGGCAUCGGCAUCAGAGGAGAAAAGGGAGCAACAGGUCAGAAGGGCGACAAGGGAGACAGAGGCCAUCUUGGACUCCCUGGGGCUCAUGGGUUAGACGGCAGACCGGGUCCAGUGGGUCUAAUAGGACCAGCAGGUGUGUCAGGGCCAGCAGGACCAAAAGGAGAGAGAGGUGAAAAGGGAGACGCAGGAUUACCAGGACCAACUGGGCCUCAAGGCAUCCCUGGUUUAGUAGGACCACAAGGACUCAAAGGGAACCGGGGAGAGAGGGGCAAGAAAGGCAACAGGGGGGCCAAAGGGGAUAAGGGAGACCAAGGAGCACCUGGAUUAGAUGCCCCCUGUCCGUUGGGGGACGAUGGCUUACCUGUACCAGGAUGCUGGAAUAAAGGUCAACAUCCUUUCCAACUGGCUAAGAAGUAGGGCUACCCAAGACUGUCCCCAAGAAGACACAGAGAGGAAACUUGAAGACAUUCUGAGAUAUCUUUGAGUUUUUACUCUAAUCUGGAGUUGGCAUUUUCAACGUUUUUCCGGGAGGCUGGACCCAGGGCCAGUAAUGUUGGAGGCUCCAGUGGCAGCAAUGAGCAUUUUAACUUCAAUAAGACUGAAAAGUACAAACCAGUUAAUCAUUGAAGGCUCUCAGGACAGGACAACCAUCACGAGCCACGGAGAGAUGCUGUACCUACUGAUGUGUUGCUGAUGACUGCAUACACAUAGAUCUAUAAAUCUCUAGUGAAAGUCAUGGACACUUUAGCACAUGCCGUUUGUUGUGUUUCCUAUUGUGACAUCAAUACUGCAACUGUGAUUAAGAAUUCAGAGCAGCUCACAGAGCAGAUAGAUGCCAUGUGUUUCCAUGAAAAGCCAAAAAAACGCGGGAAAAAAAACUAAGGGAGACCCUCUUGAUGAUUCCUUCUUGACACUGCCUUUUUUUUAAAUCCCUUUACCUGCAGCUAUUACAUUUUAUUUGAAUGAUUGUGCAGUAUAGGAAAUACCAGCUUUGACAUCAUGUCUGGUCAUAUAUAAGAUAUAGUUAUAUAUAUUUUACUCUACUAUUGAGGUGUUUAAAAGACACCACAAUUCAAUGUUGUAAUUGUAAGUAUUGUACAAUAUAAGACAAAGGAUUGUAUGUAUAAAAGUACUCAGUCUUUGUAAAUAGAUUGCAUUGAUGAAACAUGGAUUUCACAAACAGAGGGAAUACAAAGGUCAGUAUUCAUGUGCUGAUUAUAUCAUAGUUAUAACUUUCUGCAUUUAUGGUUUUUGAAAAAAACAUGUUUUGGCCUCGUGUUAACCAACACUUUGUAGGUCUGCUAUUUUUAACAUUAGCAUGCUGCAUAUCCAGGCUCUGUAACAUGCCAUGAGAUAUACUGCAUGUACAUACACCUAUUUUUUUUACCUUUUGACUCAAAAACCUUCAUCAGAUGAUGGCAAAUUAUUUAUUGCUUUGUCACCAAUGAUAUGAAUUUAUCUUUAGGUAAUUUAAAAAAAGGAGCUUGUUACAGCAGUGACUGUACACGCAAAUAACAAAAAUGCCUUUCAUCUGUGUUGAAAAUAAUAAUAAUGACUAUCCUGUUUCAAAUCAAAUGUCCAGAAGCAUUCCUUAUGUCAUAUUGACAGCUGCCUUUUAAACAGACCGGGGUCAAAAUGGUGUUUCAUUUUUAUUUAUUUGUUGGUUUUUCUUCUGUUCUUUUUCUUGAGUAAUUUGAGAUGUAAGAAAUUGUUUUAAGGGUUUCAUUGUUUUCAAAAGGUGCAAGUGUUGCUACAGAACAUUAUUUAGUGGGUGAGAUUUGCCUGUUACAAUUCUUUUAAUUUAAAUCAAUAGUUGUACUGUGUGUGAUUGGAAUCUUCAUAAAAAUUACAUGAUGUAAAUUAGGAUAAAAGAUUGGAGUGGGUACUGAUUUGAUAUUUAAAAAGAAAAUCUUUGAUGUCUGAGAGCUCAGAGUGCUGUAACUUUAAAAAACAAGAGCAAAAAAAGGACAACAUCACAUUUUCACAUUGUUGGGUUCUGAUAUGUUUUCUCUAUUUAAUUGUUUAGUGUACUUAAUUGUUUUUUCUCCAUUGGAUCACAUUGUCCAUCUUGUAUUUGUAUAUAAAAGUAAUACAGUGACCUGAGCUCUCUUGGACAUACACAAACGUUACUGGUAUUAACAUUUGAUUUUUCAGUUUGAUAGUUUAAGUUACCAUUUAAAAAAAAUCCCCAUCAGUCAAUGUAACACGCAACAACUCAUUUAUAUAACAGAUACACUCACAGAUUUAUGUCCUUUACAGAACUGGUUGUUGUAAAAAAACAUCUUUAACUUUUUACACCUGAAAGUUUUUAUUUCUGUUUCUGCUUCACAUUUCACAUUUCUGUUUUGCACAAAUAUGAAACUAACACAUUUCUUUCAAAGUGAGAACAAGUUGUACAUUUGCCAUAUUUACUUGGUUUGCUUUGCCACAACCUUUCUCUAUCUUUAAGCCAUAGAAAAGCAACAAUGUACUCUUUAUACGAACAAAGGGUUACAGAAUAUAUGGUUCAUGUAAUAUUUACAAAUGUUUGUUUUGAUCCAUCCACCGAAAGUCGUUUCUGGACAUAAUUCAGUUAUUAUACAUAUACUGUUUGGUUUUGUGUCAAAUAUGAAGCUGUAUCUGUGCAACAUGUCAUGCCUGUGACUCUUUCACUUGAUGAGCUCUUCUGUUAAGCCAUAAUACACAGAGAUUUGCCAUUGAGAUGGCCACUAGAAUGAUAAAAAGACAAUUUCUUUACUAAAUUGUUUGACAUCAAGUUUAGUACUAAAUAUGGUGUAGUAAAAUAGUACUUGUACUAUUAAUAAUGAUUCGUCCCAACUCACACAGAUUAAAAAUAAAGAUGGCUGACAUGUCCUCCCACUGAAAACAUAAAUAUCAUGGAUAUGGGUGCUGCCAUCUGACACUGUUGACUUUAAUAGGAGCCCUUGUCUGUGCAGUAAUGAUCAUUAAUCAGUACUACACAGUAACAAGGUCUCAUGAGUACACACCCCUGACGUUUCAUCGUCAAUGGAGUGUACUCAUGAGACCUUGAUAACAUCAACUUUUUUAUGUAAAACUAAAGAAAAAGUUAAACAGGACACAAAACACUCUUUGGAAAUGUAUUUAUUUGAUGUGUAUUUUGAAUUUUUGGUUUAGUCCAUGUCCUAUCUUCUAACAUGUAGGGGGUGGAGUUUAUGAUUUGUACUGUAGCAGGUCACUACGUGGCAAUCAGGAUAUUUUGGAUAGUUUGGGGGAGCUGUCAUGUCAUCCAUCUAUCUAAACCUAACCCUAACAAGAGUACUGAAAGAAUGAAAGUCCUUGGUAUUCAGGAAUGGAACAGUCUUCAAGUGAAAAAUUGUGAGUCUCUACUUUGGAUCUGCAGGAUCAUUUGCACAAUUCGCAAAUAUAAAAUAUGUUUUGGGCUAACACUAUUAGCAUUUCUAUUUGUAACAAAACAAAGAUAAACCACUGUUAAACAUCUUGCUUUAAAUUUGAUAAAAAGGAGAUAUUCUAUGUAUAAAUCUUUUUGAUGUGAAACUCUGUACUAUCAGUUUAGAACAGUAUUUGAGGAUGGAUAAGUGGGCAUUAUACAGAAUUUGCAUGUAAUUGUUUAGCCUGUAUGGAGCACUAUUAUUUACAUUUGUUUUCAUCUUUUGUUUCUUUAUAUUGGAAUGUUAGAUCUACUCGACAUUUGAUGAUUUUUUUCUCUAUAGUCAAAAGAAAUCUGAUAGCCGAGUGACUUUUGUGCCGAUUUCUAUGCUACCACCACCUUGAAUUGAUAUGUGUAACAUUGUUUUCCAUGAUUCAAUAUGACUUCCAACCACAGGUGAGGAAUUCACUGCAGCCCACAUGCUGCAACCUACACCUGUUAUUUAAGUGUGGUGUCACAAUGGAAUAAGGUAAUGACAUUGUUUUUGCUUUCCAAAAGAAUUUAUCUUUAUUUUUUAUAAUCCAAACAAUGGCAGCUGUUGUUACUGAUUGCCGAACAGAUUCACUGCUAAGUACAAUUAAAGUAUUUCAGCAAUUUGUCACUGACUCAGAAUAAAGAAACCAAAUUGCAA